AGCACCAAGCGUUGAAGUUCCAAAAGUAAGCAAAGCCAUGGUGCCACGACCACGGCGACCCCCGAAGUCAGUGAGGCACCUCACCUCUCAGGACUUCGUCCGCAACGGCAGGGUGGUGAGAUAUCCACCAGACACACAGCUGGAGCCACUCUGGCAGGUGCUGCAGACUGAGGGGCAGCUAGCUGUGCCUGGAGAAGGUGCUGCUUCUCUUUGUUUGGUUUCAGGCCUUUCUGCAGGCCUUUUGACGAUCGAUGGGAAGACCCAGGCUGCGAAGCUGGUCGACAUCAGCGCUGCGGACGUGCUGUGCUUUUCGCAGCGUGCGCGACCUGAAGUGGUCCCAACGAGUGAUGGGACAUCGGUCUUGAGCAUUUGGACAGCCCCGGGGGCCAGCCAUCGCAUGCGCAGCUUCAAGCUGCAUCGUGAGGAGAUGGUGGUGGUCGGGGAGGAAGCUUCUCUACUGGUGUUGUAUGGCAUAUCUGGCAGCUGCAGCGCCUACUUCCCUCGUUUGAUGAAGCUGGGGCAGCAGAUGUGCCUUUGCCCUGACUGCCGCGCUGAUGGUGGCGGUGAUGGGUUCAAGUUGCGCGAAGGCGAGGUCUUGCUGAUGACCCCCGCUGAAGGCAUUGCAGUGGUUGCCGUGGAAGGUCCUGCCCAAGUGGUGGCCAUCUCCAUCUGGACACGUGCACCGUCGGGAGCGCGGCUGUGACCAUGACCGACCGAUUUUUCGAUGGCGCGGCGCGCUGAUGAAGUACAUCAUGGUAAUGGACUGGGCGAUAGCUUCUAGGCAGCUGACUUUUGCAAUUGUCAGCUGCCGCGGGGUUGCGCUACGAGAAGGUUCAGUAUAGCUGCAGAUGGUGAAGGGCAGAGCAGCCUCUGUCCUCAUGUGAUGGGAGGCUUCAAGUAAAGUCCACUGCCUUGUUGCAAGAGCUUCAAGCUGACCACUGAAGAGCACGAGGUUGCGCACUCUCUGUUUCCAGAAGGAUGCGGCGAUGCGUGAAAAAGCUGUGAGUUUGCC